AUGGCGUCGUCAAUGACAGAAGUCAAAACCGACGAACAGCACGUGGCGAGCUGGGUUUCGGGCGAUGCAAACAGUAAUGAAUUUGCCGGUUCUACAGGCAGGCCGGCAACCACCUUCGACGCGAUAUCCGAUCAUGCCAGCUUACGUGGAGAAGCCGAGUAUCCAACCGGUGCGAAAUUCUGGCUCCUCAUGCUCACCCUGGCUGCUGUCCUGAUCUUGAGCAGCGUAGACAUGAACAUCGUCGCUACGGCCGUGCCUAGCAUUACAGACUAUUUCCACACUGUUGCAGAUGUCGGGUGGUAUUCCUCUGCGUUCAGGCUCUGCCAGUGCUCCUUCCAGUUUGUUUUGGGCAAGGGGUACAAGCUCUUCUCUAUUAAGUUCGCUGCUCUGCGGGGCGGCCAGUACGUCCACCAUGCUCAUCGUUGGGAGGGGUGUAGCUGGACUAGGAUCUUCGUGCAAUCAACACCUUUACGUAGACGACCUAUGUCCACCGGCGUGAUGGGAGCCGUCGAAGGCCUGGCUACGCUAUCCGCACCACUUCUCGGCGGAGCCAUUGUGCAGUCAAUUGGCUGGCGGUGGUGUUUUUACAUCAACGCACCUCUUGGUGCUGUUACGCUGGUAUUGACAAUGUGUUGUUUCUCAGAUACGAUACCUAGAUCGCAACUUGGGCGAUGGGCUUGGCUUCCUUACUGCUCCGCCCAGGUCGAUAGCACUGUUGCUGCUGUAGACCGCUACUCGGCUACAAUCGAAUCUCGAAUGCCCUCCGAGUCACUUUUAUCGAUCUCUACACCGACCCUUUUCAUCGAUGAAGACCUAAACGCGGCUUCUGUGUCACAGAAGUGCUUUAUUCGCUCGAUCUUAACAAAGGUGAAGGCUCCGCGUUUCAAAUUGAUCGCCCCCGGUCUUGAGGUCCCACAUAACAAGAUCGCAUUUGCGAGGCGUCAGAAGUUUACCGAUAUACCCCGCGAGGAUUCGGGCAAGAAUAUCCCACCGGUCUUGCUCUUUGUGUCUACCGAUAGUAGCCGGAUGAAUGAUCUUAUUCCCACCGGAUUAUAUAGUGAAUCUUUACAUCGAUGUGAUUACGAUACCGAGGAAGCUGGCUUCCGCCUUCUACUUCCAUUCACACUGCGGCCUGAUUUCCGUGAUGAGGAGGAGGCGAGAAUGAGUGGUGGACGUUUGGUUACCUCAGGUUCCUUCACGGAACUCUUUCAGCAUGGCUUCAGCCCAUUUGGAGGUGAACGGCGGGCACAGAGACUAGAGAGGCUGUUCCAGCGGUGGACAGAACUAAUCGAAAGUGGUGUAUGGACAGUGGGGAAGGACGGUGUGGAGGGAGGAAUCGAUAAAUUCCGGGAUGCAGAUAAUGGUAACGGUGCCUGGAUGGGUUAUUGGAUCGCCCCUGAUUGGUGA